AUGCGCGACGGGCUUUUAGGAGAGGUGAGAAAAUCAGAAGCAACCAAGCCCGACGACGGCAGCAGUUCUGGGGCGCUGGAUGGGAACUCGGAUCUCGCGCUGGGCUCGUCAUCUCCGAGUUUCCUUUUUUUUAUCCCCGACGACAUCCGCUGCUCCUCACCCACUCUAACCAUGGCGUCUCGUGAAGGGGUCAAUCCCUUGCGGCCUUAUUAUUUCCCACAGACAGGACUGUCUCCAGCUCUCAACAACACCCCAGAGGCGCCGGCGCCAUCGUCCGCUCAGGUCUUCAGUAACUCGGCGCGCGACCUCAUUCCAGACAUCGAUUAUUCGGAUUAUCUCGACUCGUCGCCUUCGGUUAGCGACUGGGUUCGCGAUGCUAUCAAUAAAUGCAUUGUGCGCUAUUCUCACGUGCUGAUUGGGCAGCCCUUCGAUGUCGCCAAAACUAUCCUGCAGGUGUACGUCGUGCCGGAUCUUACAGCAGAGCAACCCGAUAGAAGGCCAAUUACUGGAGGGAGAAGUAGCUCCUAUGAAUCUGAAUCUGAAUCCGAUGAUGAAAGUACCUACUUUACAUCAGCGGCCCCAUCGACUCCAACUCCAAGCACCCCGCGAUCAAGGACAGAUCGUCAUCGCAUUACCGACCGCAGCGGGUAUAUUCGAGGGGACACCGCAUCUCCAGCACCUAAGCAUGCGUUGAAUCUCAAGAAUCCCAACUCACUCACCGAGGUCCUAUCUCAACUCUGGUCCAACAAUGGCCCUACCUCGCCAUGGAAGGCUUCAAAUGCAACGUUCAUCUACUCGUUGCUGUACCCGACAUUAACCACCUUCAUUCGCAGUCUCCUAUCUGCGAUUGUAGGACUUCCAGAGGAGGAUAUUGCUUCAUCUCUAGCAGCUGAUAUCUUGACCGCACCAUCUCCCGUUGUCACGCUGAUCCUAUCGUUCAUUUCGUCAUCCCUAUCCGCCAUACUCCUUUCUCCAAUUGAUACAGCUCCUCUGCCCCCCCUAUUCCUCAGGAACUAUCUCUCGAUCGACCCUCUUCUUAAUCCCUCACUGUGGAACCUGUUCAGCUUCCUCAGCUCUGGCCUCGAGCUUGCCGUGCGCUUCCCUCUCGAGACCGUCCUCCGCCGCGCCCAAGUGGCCUCCUACACAUCCCUCAGUCUGCGCCAAAAGUCUUCCGGCGGAAGUAUCUCCUCCGCGUCUAUCGACGCCUCGGACGUGGAAACCAUUGUUCCUACCCCGCGCACAUACCGGGGUAUUAUCGGCACCAUGUGGCACAUCGUCCACGAAGAGGGCGUCUCCGGCACCUCCGAUACCGAGCGAGCUCACCAGAUCCUCGGAAGAGCGCCUCCGGAGCGACGGCAGGCGAAGCGGCGCCAAGGCCAGGGUGUACAGGGUCUAUACCGUGGUUGGCGCAUGGGCAUGUGGGGUAUCGCCGGAAUUUGGGGUGCCAGUCUACUCGGUGGUAUCUCGGGCGGUGCGGAAGACGAAGUUGUGGCGCGGGACAGCUAUGGCCGAUCCAGCGGGGGCCGAUUCUGA